AGGCAGCAUUGAGUCAAUUUAUUCCCUUUCAUACCCAAGUUUUUCCGAUGUUUUUAAUUAUUCCCCAGCUGGGUUACAACAUUAUAGCUAUCUCUUUCCCCAGCAUACUUAAACAAUAUUUCCUGUUCGAUCCAUUUUCGAUCACAAAUUUUUUUUGACAUUAUCGAUCCUAAAUUUAUUUCCCCGAAUCCUUGAAUAGUCUGUUUCCCUCGUAUGCGGUAAAGGUCUUCCAUGUAAUGGCACUUGUGUACAGAGAGUGUGAAGAAAUAGCAAUAAGUGUGUUUUGUAGUCGUCUUAGCUACAUUUAACUAAGGAAUACACAUACAUCGAUUUCACUUCAUAUUCUUGUUGUGUUAUUUUUCGUGUGAAGAAAGAUGUUGGGAGGUCUGCUUGGGUCCAAUGCUGCGCAGGGGUGUAACCCUAAUGCUGCUCCACAGGGUUCUGCUGUGGUUGCAUUCGCCAACGAUGUUUCCGGUGUUAACGCAAUGGCAGGGCCAGGUGGGGCGUCCUCAUCAUCCUUUGGGCCUGGUGGUCCCCUUUUCGCUCCUGGUGGUAUGUCUGGUGGGCCAGUCGGUCCUUUGGGCGAUUCAAUGGCGGAGCAAUUACGAAAACACACCAGUAAGUAAGGCUUACCUCAUAUAUUCAUUUUGAGAGGCAUUUUUGACAUGCUUUCAAGGGGAAAAGUAGGUCAAAGAUGAUCUCCAAGGUAGAUGAAUAACAGGCAGGUCUAAUGUAAUAUGGCAGGAGCAAUAAAUGGACCAAUGCAGACUGCAGAUCCAUCUUUUUAUUCGAAUGCAGGAGCAGAAAUACCACUACAUAUGCGUGUAGCUGCAAGUACAGGCGCUGGGCCAAUAGCAGGGCCGUCAAUGAUAUCAGCGAGUAGUUCGGCGGGUCCAAUGGUCGGAGGGCCUACCUCAUCAGGACCUAUGGCGACAGGGCCCAUAAACACUGCAGGACCGCAAAUGAUGGGAGGACCAAUGUUAAGGCUCAAACUUUCCCACAGAGAGAUUAACAACUUAUAUCUUCUUAACUUAUAUCUUCCAGAUUAGUUCAUUUUCCCACAGAUUCACUCAUCAAUCUUCUCACAGAUCGAUGACUAAAAGACUAUUGCUCCUUGCUAUCUUGCCUCCUGGAGUCUAUUCCGAGGACUUGUUGUACUAGUGACUUACUCAGAAAUACCAAGAGAUCGUGAACUCAGAGAGGGCCACAGCUCUAAGAAUAAUGGCUGGCCCGAUGAUGGGUGGCCCCAUGCCAAUGAUGGGUGCUCAAAUGAUGAUGCAGCAACAGCAGAUAAAUCAGCAAAUGAACAUGAUGCAGCAGAUGAACAUGAUGCAGCAGCAUCAGCAAAUGAUGAUGAACGCUGCGCAGCAAGCCAGCAGCCCAUCUUCGACGCAGAAUAGGAUACCUUAUGAUUGGGAUGGUCAGAAUCGAAAAAAUCGAGUUCGUUUUCUGGCUCAGGUGGUUCAUGGUCACGCCCUUGAUUAACGUCACUGCAAUGCAUGAUAGAUACGCAAUUUGUGACAAAGAUUAAAUGACUUCUACCGAAUAUUGAAGACAUAUAUCUUCUAGUCGUGAGGGAGGUUCCACCACUAAUAUUAAACAUCAACACGACUUCGACUACACCCAGCAUCCAUCUAAUUCCCACAAGCCCAAAGCACUAGCGAACCCGUUGCACCAACAGAACGUCUCGCGGGCACGCGCGGUGCUUUUGAAGCUACAGCUGGAUCCGCAGACGCAGCAGCGUUUCAGCAUUAAGGCUACCGCUGGGGCAUCCGCAGCAUCGUCCCUGGCUCUUUUUCAACUUGGAGAUAAUGGAGCCAAGGAUGCUGUCAGGGAUGCGACCGCGGGAGCUCUAACCGAAGGAGAUACAAGAGUUGCAACAAGAACAAAACUUCUCCUCAGCAGAGCAAAUGGUCCAGUUUUUGCGGACGAGCGGGAACCCUAAAUUCGCCUCCUCGCAGUUUGUCGCUUUCGUCGACAAACUAGCGAAGGGGGACAUGAAGUUUUACGGGCAGCUUUUAUCCAUCUUCCUGAGCAUCUCGAUACCCUAUUCGCGUGAAAAACAAGGGAAAAGGUGCCGAAAUGAGAGGACUGAUCUUCUGAAUAAAAGCAAUAACAGGUUUAGCUUUUAAAAGAGAACACGGGUCUAGCUUUUAGUGGUACAAGCUUGACUUGCUGUUGUACACACUCUUGAAAAGGUGCCGAGAUGAGAGGACUGAUCUGAAUAAAAGCAAACCACUCUAACAGUUGGUCGAAGGCGGGAUCGUGUCCGAUGAAAAGCAAUCUACAGUAGUCGACGUGAACGGGGAAGACAUCGAUUGGGACAAUCUAUACGACGUGGACGCGGAGAAGUAUGAUGGGACGUCAUCAGUGCCGAAAGACGAGGCGGCGAAGCUGCUAGAAGCGAAUACGUCGUUGGGACAGAAUGGGGUUAUUCCUGGUAUAAAAUUGGGAAUUUUUUAGUUACUUAAGAGAUUUAAGCUCGUUUUUCUCGUCUCUCACGCUCACCAGUUUUUUAGUUGAAAGAAACUGUGAAUAAUGAAAAUGAAAAUGAAACUACAGAUAUGUCGAAUCUGCAGGAGAUAGAUUCUCUCCUAGAAAAAGCGUGGGCUGAGACAGAGCAAAACGGCGGUGGUUUUCUAGAAACUCUCUUGGGACCGGAAGGGGCUGCUGCAGCCCAGCGAACAGGUGAAAUAGGGGAAGAUCCUUUGUCUUAUGGUGUGUGUGUGUGUGUGAUCCUUUGUCUUAUGGUGUGUGUGUGAUCCUUUUCCUUUGUCUUAUGGUGUGUGUGAGAUCCUUUGUCUUAUGGUGUGUGUGUGAUCCUUUGUCUUAUGGUGGGUGUGUGUGUGUGUGUCUGUCUGUCUGUCUAUCCGGAGAGAGAGGAGAAAAGAAUGAAACAAAAAGGAAAGCUGCCACUCGCUUCGCAAUAGGUAAAGCUACUGUCACGUAAGUGAAUGUGAUAUCUUCAUGUGGUUCUUCUAAUCACCCCUCUCGGAAAACGAGGAUAUUGCUUUAG